AGAAAGAAAAGAAGAGCAAGAAUUGGGACUAAGACAAAGGGGAGAGAGAGAGAAAUGGAGUGGAAGAAGGGUUACAUGGAUUUGAUCUUAGUUCCUUCAGGCUUCUUCUUUGUUGUUCUUUACCAUGGAUGGCUCUAUUACAAGGUUAAGACCCAACCCAUGCAAACCAUUAUUGGUGUUAAUGCAGCAGCUCGUCGCCUUUGGGUCCUUGCUAUGAUGAAGGACAAUGAUAAAAAGAACAUCUUGGCCGUCCAAACCUUGCGUAACGCGAUUAUGGGCGCGACCCUGAUGGCCACCACCUCGAUCCUCCUAUGUUCAGGGUUGGCGGCCGUGAUCAGCAGCACUUAUAGCGUCAAGAAGGCCCUAAAUGACUCCAUUUAUGGAGGUCAAGGGGAGUUCAUGGUGGCCCUCAAAUAUGUCUCCCUCCUCCUCGCCUUCCUCUUCGCCUUCCUGUGCUACUCCUUAUCCAUCAGGUUCAUCAACCAAGUCAACUUCCUCAUAAACCUUCCUGUGCAAUGCCCAGUGGUCACACCUGACUAUGUUUGUGAGCUGCUAGAGAAGGGAUCAAUCCUCAACACAGUGGGAAACAGGCUUUUCUAUGCUGCAAUGCCCUUAUUGCUGUGGAUCUUUGGACCAGUCUUGGUUUUCCUCUUCUCUAUCUCCAUUGUGCCAAUUCUCUAUAACCUUGACAUUAUAUAUGAAGUUCCAAAGAGUGAGGUGGCUAGAAAGGUGGAGGAUGAGGUGGGGGGCUUGGAGUGCAGGAUUGUGUGAGAGGGAUGGAUAAAGAUGUUGACCUCCUCUUCAUUUCUUACUAUUUUGCUUGAUUUUCUUCUUUUGAUUUCUCCUUCAGGGGAGAGAGAUGGGCUUGUGCCCCUCUAAGACCAUGUUUGGAUGGUACCCAAUGUUCUUGUAACGAAAUUAUUGCAUUAGUUUGGUUGCAGAACACUGCUUCUUUUGGCUAGA